AUGCUCAACCACAAGGCCACCACCUUCAGCGAUAUCUGGUCCGCUGAUGAUCAAGGUCAGAACGGCGCUCAAUACUCCACUAGCAGCACGGCAACUGUUCCUGAGGAGGUUGUUGCAGCCGGUACCACCUAUAUUGCUGGUUCCGACGGGGCCGUCACACUCGGCAAUGGCGAUGACAUUACUGUCCCUACCAGCGUCGCAGUGACUAUCGUUGCGGUUGUUUACACCACAGAAAUGGCCAGUACUUCAACCACAUCUAAAUCCACUACCUCUACGUCUAAGUCUGAGACUACAACAUCCACGACUACCAAGAAGACUACUACCAGUACUACCACAACAGUCUCAAUCCCGACUGCCACUGAGUUUUGUGCGAAGUAUGUCAUUCCAAACGAAGACACCUUAUUAGACAAGUAUGGUUCCAAGUACAAUCAAUUUAUCUUCGCUAUGUGGGGUAUCCAGUGGCCGGAAGCAGACCAUGUUGAAACCGAUAUUGAAGGCUUCUUGGCGAAUUGUGUAGCAAUGUGGAAUAACGGCGAGGAGUACGUUCUCACCUCAUGUGUCAAAGAAAGUAUCAAGACUUUGGGUGGCGGUACACCCGACUGCGAGUGGAUUUACGACACCUCAGAAGAUGUGUCCUACAGUGCCAAGGACUCAGCAGAAGCCGAGAUGACUUGGAUUUAUAACAACGACAAAUCUGUGAUCUCAGCGCCAUAUCCUCUGGCGACAUGA